UUUUUACAAUAUGUGAUUAUAUGAAUAUAUUUGCAUUUAAAAUUGUAAUGCUAUAUAUACUGUCAUUUGACAAGUUAAUUAACUUAUUUGUUAUCAAUUAAUUUAUAUAUGUAACGAAAAAAUUAACGAUGGACCAAGCACCGCCAAUAGAAACUGUUUAUCAAGCAGUUAAUACAUUAUAUAAUAAUCCAAAUACAUCGGAAAAAGAAAAAGCAUCACAAUGGCUUGGAGAAUUACAAAAAUCGGUAUACUCAUGGAAGUUAGCAGACGAUAUGUUACAUCAAAAACGUGAUUUAGAAUCAUGUUAUUUCGCAGCGCAAACAAUGCGAACAAAAAUCCAAAAUUCAUUUUGUGAAUUACCAGCCGAUGCACAUUUCUCAUUACGCGAUUCAUUAUUAGAACACAUAAGUCAGAUAAAUGAAACAACAAGUGCGGUAAUUGUAACCCAAUUAUGUUUGGCACUUGCCGAUUUGGCAUUACAAAUGACAACAUGGCAAAAGCCUGUACUAGAUUUAAUCAGUAAAUUUUCACCGAAUGUUGUAUGGCCAUUAUUAGAAAUAUUAACCGUUCUGCCAGAGGAAUUAAGUUCGCGAUCAUUGCGUUUAGGAGCAAAUCGACGUAGUGACGUGAUUUCCGAUUUUUCAGAAUGUGCACCCACCGUAAAUGAAUUAUUACGUGUUUGUAUAACAAACAGCGGAGAUAAUAUAUCAAUUGAUAUAAAAAUUAUACGCUGUUUUACAUCCUGGGUAUCAGUGAAUGCGAUCACUUUAGAUAAUAUUACUGAAAAUGUUGUAUUUUUAAAAGCAUUUCAAAUAUUAGAAAAUCAUCAGUCUGUAAUGAGUUUACAUGAGGCUGCGUCUGACUGCAUUUGUACAUUAUUACAAUGUCUAGAAGAUAACAAUAAUCAAUUAGAUUUAGAGAAUAAAUUAUUUAUAAGUAUAACGGGAUUAGAAGAAGCUUAUCAUAUGUCUGUGGCGAAUGAAGAUCAAGAGAAAUCUAUAAAUUAUUGUCGUGUAUUUACUGAAUUAGCUGAAGCUUUACUUGAAAAAAUUAUAAUGAAUAGUAAUAAUCCCAGUAAUUCAGUACAUUAUGGCAUUAAAAUAUUUAAUUUAGUUUUAAUUUGUGUUGGUCAUCAUGAUUAUGAAGUCGCAGAGAUUACAUUUAAUCUUUGGUAUCGUUUAAGUGAAGAAUUAUAUCAAAAAAAUAGUGAUACGCUAAUAACAUUAUUUCGUCCGUAUAUUGAACGUUUAUUAGAAGCAUUGUGUCGUCACGCUCAAAUUGAACCAGAUCAUGAAGGUUUACUAGAAGAUGGUGAUGAUUUUAAAGAUUUUCGACAGAAAGUUUCCGAUUUAAUUAAAGAUGUUGUAUUUAUUGUUGGUAGUAGUAAUUGUUUUAGACAAAUGUUUUUAAGUUUACAAAAACCAGAUGUUACGUGGGAUCGUAGUGAGGCAGCUUUAUAUGUGAUGCAAGCUGUCGCUAAGAAUAUUUUACCGGAGGAGAAUGAAGUAGUUCCAAAAGUAGUUGAAGCAAUAUUGGGUCUUCCUGAAAAUACACAUCCAGCAGUAAAAUAUACAUCAUUACUAUUAUUAGGCGAAUUAUGUGAAUGGGUGGAUCAUCAUACAACAUCCUUAGAACCAAUAUUAAAUUUUCUAUUACAUGGUCUACAACAACCUGGUUUAGCUGGUGCCGCUGCAAAUGCAUUACAAAACAUAUGUUCUGCAUGUAAACAACAUAUGCCCACACAUUUUGUUGGUUUAUUACACAUCGUACAACAGAUAGAUACAUUCUCAAUCACAAAUGAACAAGUGACUGGUUUAUUACGUGGUAUUGCUGUCAUCUUAGGUUGUAUGCCCACCGAUCAAUUACCAACUGCAAUGCGCGAAUUAUGUAUGCUACAAGCAAAACCAAUAAUUGAAUUAAUUGAAAAUGAUUUUGUACCAGUUCGAGGGACUAAAUCAGAUCCAGUCAUAUGGUUAGAUCGUUUAUCGGCAAUAUUUCGUAACACGCAAGUUACUGUACAAAAUGGGGAAGUACAUCCUUGUCAACCGGUGAUUAAUGAAAUGUGGCCAAUAUUAUCACGUGCAUGUGAUAAAUAUCAAGCUGAUUUACGAAUAAUGGAACGAUGUUGUCGAUGUUUACGAUUUGCAAUACGUUGUGUGGGAAAACAAGCUUCCUAUUUAGUACGUCCAUUAGUUGAACAAAUCACCCGAUUAUAUGGCACAUACAAACAUUCAUGUUUCCUAUACUUAGGCAGCAUUUUAGUCGAUGAAUAUGCUUCCGACAAUGCAUGUAUCCCCAUAUUAGUUGAUAUGUUAUCAGCAUUUUUAAAACCAACGUUUGAUCGUUUACAAGAAGAGAAUGGUUUAAAGAACCAUCCGGAUACGGUGGAUGAUUUCUUUCGUUUGUCAACACGAUUUUUGCAACGUGCACCAGUUGAUUUCUUACAAUGUCCGGCAAUGCCAGCAAUUGUACAGUGUGCAUUACUUGCAUGUAAUUUAGAUCAUCGUGAUGCAAAUGCAUCUGUUAUGAAAUUCUUUUGUGAUUUAAUUAUAACUGGACGUAAUCAUGAGUCACGUAAUGAUUAUGAAUUACGUCGUACAUUAGUGCAAUCAUUAUUACAGCAAAAUGCACAAUUAUUGGUGAAUAAUUUAUUAUAUGCAAGUGUAUUUUAUUUACAUUCGUACAUGUUAUCGGAUGUAGCAGAUGUUUUAUUGGAAUUACAAAAUGCUGAUCGUGUUUCAUUUAGUGUAUGGUUAGAAAAUGCUAUUAAUGCAUUGCCAACACAAACAUCAUCUGGAUGCAUUUCUAUAACACCAAAUCAAUGUCUAGAUUUUCAUGUGUCUGUUACAAGAUCUGAUACAACAAAAUCAAUAUGCCAUGCAUUGAGAGAUUUUACUAGAUUAUAUCGUUGAGUUUAUGAAUUAAAUUAAAAGUGGGAAUACAUACUUUAUUUUUAAUUUUGAAUUUGAAUUUAAUCUAUAUGACUGU